AUGGGCUGCUGUGGUAGCACAGAAAAGCCUCAUCCAAAAACUGGUAGUGUAUCCUAUGGUCAAAAAGCUCAUACCUCAAACCCAGUAUCUCCUCAUGGACCAGGUGGAUAUCAGCCUCCUCAGCACACUUCACAACCACCUCAAAUGGCCCGAACAAACAAUCCCCAACCAGCCCAUAUGAGCCAUGGAUAUCCCCCAGGGGGGAUGCCACCUCAAGUUGGAUUCGGUAGUGUACCACAACUCUCAGGUGAUCAACUUCAAAUUAUUAAUAAUAGUGAUGGCGACUGGUGGCUAGCUCGCUCUCUUAGGACAGGACGUGAAGGAUAUAUACCUUCAAAUUAUGUUGCUGCUGUAGAAAGUGUUCAGGCACAAGAAUGGUUUUUGGUAAAAUCAAGCGUCAAGAUGCGGAAAAGAAACUCUUCAGGUGGAAAUCAAACUGGUACUUAUCUCAUUCGAGAGAGCGAGAGUCAACCUGGACAAUACUCCCUCUCCGUGAGGGAUGGGGAAUCUGUAAAGCAUUACCGCAUAAGGAAAGUGGACACAGGAGGAUGUUAUAUUGCCCCACGUGCAAUGUGUAAUUCUCUUGACGACUUGGUCCGUCAUUAUCAACGAGAUGCAGACGGACUUUGCUGUCGUUUGACGAUACCUUGUCCAAAAUCUGAUCAACCAGUCACAGCUGGCCUUUCUUAUAACACAAAGGAUGAAUGGGAGAUUGAAAAGACAUCAAUUAAACUUAUGAAACGUCUCGGAGCUGGACAGUUUGGAGAGGUGUGGGAAGGUCUGUGGAAUAACACUACUCCUGUGGCUGUGAAAACUCUCAAACCUGGAACAAUGAGCCCACAAGAUUUCUUAGCCGAAGCUCAAAUCAUGAAAAAACUUCGUCAUGAAAAACUCAUUCAGCUUUAUGCCGUGUGUACACAUGAAGAACCUAUCUAUAUUGUUACUGAAUUAAUGAAGAACGGUAGUUUACUCGAUUACUUGCAAAAGGGGGAGGGGCGUCAUUUAAAACUUCCCGAAUUAAUUGAUGUAGGAGCACAGGUUGCCAGUGGAAUGGCUUACUUAGAAACCCAACAUUACAUCCAUCGUGACUUGGCGGCUAGAAAUGUUUUAGUCGGUGAAGCAAUAUUGUUUAAAAUUGCCGAUUUUGGUUUGGCAAGGUUGAUCAACGAUGACGAAUAUUGUGCCCGUGAGGGGGCUAAAUUCCCCAUCAAAUGGACUGCCCCAGAGGCAGCUUUGUACAGUCGAUUUAGCAUCAAGUCUGAUGUGUGGUCAUUUGGUGUUCUUUUAGUGGAAUUAGUUACCCACGGCCAUCCUUAUCCUGGUAUGACUAACGGGGAAGUCUUAGCUAAAGUGGAACAAGGUUAUCGUAUGCCUAUUCCACCUGGUUGUCCGGAACCACUGUAUCAAAUUAUGUUGGAUUGCUGGAAAGCUGAAGCUGAGGAGCGUCCCACUUUCGAGUAUCUCCGUUUUACACUUGAAGAUUUCUUUGUGUCUGCAGUUGAUACAGCAUAUCGCACUUUAACGUAA